CUCUCUCUCUCUCUCUCUCUCUCUCUCUCUCUCUAACCAAAAUCUAGCUAGACAAACAAUGAGGUCCAAAGUAGCUCAAUUCUCCAUCAGUCUAAAGCUAACUCUCUCCUUAUUCUUCCUCUUCUUCCUCUUUCUCAUAAUCAGAUCAAGUUUCUCCUUCACCCAGCAAAUCACCCCAGCAUCCAUAUUCUCACAAACCCACCUCUCAAACUCAACAAAUGAUCACCAAGACCCAAAACCAAAAACGACAACUACAACUACAGAAUGCCCAACACUUGAACCCUCAAUCCCAGUAACCACCUGCACCAAAACGCCGCCGUCUUUGGCCAACGCCCUUGUCCACUACGCAGCGACAAACAUCACCCCACAACAGACGCAGAAAGAAAUCUCGGUCUCCAUGAGCGUCCUUGAGAAAAAAUCUCCCUGCAACUUCCUCGUAUUUGGGCUGGGCCACGACAGCCUCAUGUGGACCGCCCUCAACCACGGUGGCCGCACGGUCUUCCUCGAGGAGGACAAGGCCUGGAUCGAGCAAAUCAAGCGUCGUUUUCCCGGUCUGGAGUCGUACCACGUGACGUACGACACGAAGGUCCACCAGGCGGAAGAGCUCCUCAAGCUCGGAGAUUCCGAGGAGUGCAAGGCCGUAGGGGAUCCGAGAUUCUCCGACUGCCAGCUGGCGCUGAAGAACUUCCCGAGCGAGGUGUACGACACGGAGUGGGAUUUGAUUAUGGUGGACGCGCCCACAGGGUAUUUCGACGGGGCGCCGGGGAGGAUGAGCGCUAUAUACACGGCGGGGAUCAUGGCGAGGAACAGGGAGAGCGGCGAGACUGACGUGUUCGUGCAUGACGUGGACAGGGUGGUCGAGGACAAGUUCUCGAAGACGUUUCUGUGCGAAGGCUACCUGGCCCAACAAGAAGGCAGGUUGAGGCACUUCAUUCUGCCCAGCCACAGGGCACGUGCCGGAAGACUGUUUUGCCCUUAGAUUAUUUUGCAUUUUGCCUUUCAUAGAAUGUUCGGUACACCAAUACUAAACACCACAUCUCAUAAAAAAUAGACUGUGUGGUGUUUGUCUAUACCGAUGUUUGGUAAUAUUAUUCAUCUCCACUGUCUUUUUACUCUUAUGUUUGUUAGGGAAUUUGGAGAGGAGAUUUUCUU